GUUCAUUCCCAACCGAAUAUUCAACCGUGCAACAUCGAAAAUAUUUACAAAUAUAUUCAGCAAAAAGUAUUUUCAACAUGCCCCCAAAACGUAAGAUGACGAAGAUGCUGCUCCGACGACUUAGACCAGAUGGCAUGUACUUCAGAAUCGUCCAUAAACAUGCCACUACCGGCUAAACGGCGCAGGACAGCCGCAGUCAAGCGGAGGCCGAAAACCUCCUCGGAUAGUAACGAUUACUCGAUCCAAUCUAUACACAGGACCCCAAAUCGGACGGGAGGAGGAAGACCCAAAAAAGACGUUAAGAAAGCCCUCCCAAAGCGCAAGACUUCUGUUAACAAACGCUUGCCAUCGAAAAGUGCUGGGGCCCCAUGUCGCACCAAAAAGGUACCAUCUACAUCAUCGAAGUCUAAACCGAAGCAGCCAACAAACCGUCCAUCCAAAUCGUGCAAGCCCAAAUCAAAUCAAUCUGGAAAGGAAACCAUGCCGAAACCGGGAAAAACUGAAAUUUCAAAUGAUAAGGCCGGAGCGCAGAAAGCAGCAAAAACUGCACCAGCAAAGAAAUUCCGUUUCUGGCCAUGGAGCCAACAGGAGUCAACUCAGAACAACGAUAUGCUUUCCGAUGAACCCGUCGCGACCGUAUUGAUGGACGGUGCUCAUCUCAGUGAGGAGAAGCCGAUGACAGAAAAUUAUAUGCCCGAGAUGACAGGCGAAAAGGCGGCCAUGAAGCUGGAUGUAAUGAGUCCAGAGAAACCAGACUUAAUGCAUCCGGAGAUGACUGGAGAUGAAGAGACAGAGGCCCUACCCGUAGACAACAAAAAUUAACGAUUCUCGACAGAACACUGGUGAAAAAGUUCAAAAUUGUGUAGUUUUCUUUGGAGUGAGUUUUCUCCUGCUAGCCUACUACUGCUAAUAAUUUGUCUCUCAAAAUCGAAAAUUUUGAAAUUUAUAAGUCCUUUGGAAGUGUGUAAUUUGUAGCUGUUGUAUUUUUGUCAAAUUCAAAAUUAUGAAAUAUGUAUUGUCUUUGGAAAAUUGGAAGUUGCAUUUCAGACUAAAUAUUCGAUUUUAAAUUUGCAUUUCUGUUUUUAUUUACCCAUAGAGAGAAACCACCUUAGUCCAAAUUAUUAAAUUAAUACAAUAAUCCGCUAUCACUGUGGGAUCUCUUCACUUCAAA